AAGAGGACACAGAAGUGGCACAACCAGUUUUAGUGACACAAGCGUGCUGUUUGUGGUUGGAAGCAUGACUUUUACGAAAAUGUUUCUUUUAAUGGAGUUGACUUGACUACAUUUCACAUGAGGUUAAUUUUAGUCAACUUCCAUCACUUGCUGUUCUGACCAGAGAGCGGGAUGGCUGGGAAGCCAUUCCGUGCCACGUACAUCUGGACAAACAUCAUUAACAACCUUCAAACGCAGGUUGAGGUGAAGAGGAGACGGCACAAUCUGAAAAUCUAUCAUGACUGCUUCCUGGGCUCUGAGGCGGUCGACGUGGUUCUGGCUCACAUCAUUCAGAACAAAUUCUGUGGAGAUGCCGAGGUGCCUCGUUCUAAAGCGGUACGCCUGUGCCAGGCCCUCAUAGAAGCCAGGAUUUUUGAGGCAGUGGACACCAAGGUGUUUGGAAAAGAAAAGAGGCAAGCAAAGUUUGAGGACAGCAGCUGUAGUCUGUACAGGUUCCUAAACAGGCCGACCGCCAGCACAUCCAGCUUAGAAACCAUUGAGAGUGGAUAUGAUUCAUCCAGCAUACAGAUGAACAGUUACAGCCCACACUAUCAAAGGACAGAGGGAUCUGUGUAUUCAAUUAACUCACCUGUCAAAACGGAUAAAUCUCUGGAGGAUGUUUUGGGCAAUCUGAACAUGAACACAACUAUCACACCACAGAUGAUGAAUCUGGGUUUAUCACAGGAGUUGAUAGAUGAGAUAUGGCGACAGCAGACGGUGCUGAGGCUUCUGCAGCUGAUUGAACUGCCUCUUCUGGAGAGUCUGUUGGAAGGCAGAGAGAGUCCUCGUCCACCCCUCCACAGUAUGGACAGCGACCCAGACCUGCUCUAUACCAGCAGCUACCUGGACCGCGAGAUCCUGAAGGCCUUCAGCGAAGCUCAGGCAGAUAACUGGUUGUCGGCAGCUGUAGACUGUCUGGAGUUUCUUCCUGAUCAAUUUGUGGUGGAAGUAAGCCGAGGUUUGGCCAAGUGUGCGGAGGAAACGUCCCAGUACAAGCAACUCCUCUAUGGAGUCCUCAUUCAGCACUAUGGCCAGUCUGAAUACCCACCGCUGCUUAGCAACCACGUCUUCGACAUCCACUCAGGUGUCUCCGAGCUGCUUGUAAAUGGGAAGCGAGAGCAGGCACUGGAGUCUCUUCAGCUUUGUCUAAAGCUCCAGGACUCUCGCAGUAGAGAGGAGCUCCGCAGGUUACUGCGCUUCAUGGCCCUCGCUGCCAGCACUCAAGAGGUCAAAUUACACAAAGAGAUAGAGAACAGAAUGGCAGUAAAGAGGGCGUUUUCCAAUGCCAUUGCGUAUGGGAAAAAACUAGCAAAGGGGAAAGUUGAUCUUCUGGUUCUUUUCAUGAUGGAUAACCACCACGACCUCUUUAAGAUUCCUGUCACACUGCACAACCUUGUAAGUAACAAUCUGGCAAGCAUCAUUAAGGGAACCGAUCCAGAUCUCUUUAUGGGUACAACGUAUUGUCGCCAGCUUACUGGGAAAGAUUACAUGGAAACAGUUCAGAAAACUACCAAAAAGGAGCUUUGGACUUUGCUUAAAACUAUUCACGAGAACUCAAAACUUUCUUUGAAAGAGAAGCAAAGAUUAUUAGGACAAUUCUACAAAGGCCAUCCUGAAAUAUUUGUGCAAUAUUUUGGCAACAGAAUAUCCAGAGACUGCAUUUAAAAGGAUCUUCAGUUAUACCAAAGAACUACUGUAUAAAUGUAAAGAACGUCUUGUAUGUUUUAAAUAUGUACAGUAUGUGUUGUAGAAAAACCCAGAACACUACUUUAGAUUAUGUAUGUGCAUGUGAGCUCAUAUGCUGACAUAAAGGUCAAAGCUUGAAGAGUUUGAAUAAACAGCUUCUUGUGUGUCUGUACUGUUACUAGAAUUAUAUGUUCGAGUGAAGAUUUAUUGAAAACCCAACACAUUUUCUUUAGUUUGUGUCUGCAAAUGCUAAAGAUAAAACUGGCUGCUCUCAAAAUAAAGUUGCGCACAAAUCAGUACCCCACUUUGUUUUCUAAAGUUUAUACAUCUAGCUUUGGAAAAAAAACGGCUUGAGGGAACAACGAAACUGUACAAAUCAACAUUAGCUGGACAACAAGAGCAGGGUUUAAAAAUCAUGAUGUUUUCAACAUGUUUCCCAAACAUUGAGUCAGUGCAGUGCAAAUGUGAUUGUUUCUGAAUGAAUGUUGCCAGUGAUGUCAUUGGUUUAGUCAAAUUUCUGUCUGGAGACAGUAUCAGGAUAAUUGCACUGCACCCCUUUGAAACUGAGGCUUUUAAAGACCCCAUGAAAUGGCCUCAUGAAAACAGUUUUGUGUCCUGUGUUGACAUAUUUCCUAUUGAGACAGGACGUUUGGGUUGGACAUCAAAGGGAUCAUUCCUUUUAGCCAAUAGGCUUUAGCUACAUCACAUCACAUGAACCAUGAUUGGCUACUAGUCAGUUGCGAUGGGGAGGGGCAUUCUUAUUCUAGAGAGCUUUUGAUUGGACAAUAAUUUGUGUAGUAAUAAGAUGAAUCUUCAAUAUUUUUGUUCCAUUUCCUGGAUGGUGAAUGUAUAAUAAAUCCUGGAUGGUGAACUAUGUGAAUUUUAAAUGCAUGUAUCUGCAAAAGCUUUAUUUUGUAAACUUUUUAGGAAUAUGUUUGCAUAUAGGUGGACUAAAAGCCACCAAACUCUAAUUUUAUAGUUUUUACAACUUUAAGACUUUAAACUUAAUUUGCGAUACAAACAUGAGUCUUUAUCAUACCUAAAAUGUAUGGAUACAACUAAAAGGGAUAACUAGGUGAAUCCAUUGUUUCUGGUGAAAUCUCAUAAAACCUGUUUAGGACAUGUCUGGGUCUGAUUUCAUCCCAAAAUUGGAAGAAAUUAUAUUUUGCAUAAAGAAA